GGUUUGCGAUUUCAAACUCAAAUUGGUAUGCUGAAUAGGGUUGUCCGCAACCUUUGGCUUACACUUGUACAAUUCUGAUUUUAACUUAAAUCGCCUCGUGGUAACCCCAUCUCCGCUGCCAUCUUCACCACCACGCCAGCUCUUUUCUAAAUCUCACCUUUAGACCCUUUCUCAAUCCUGUCAGAUGGGAUAAAAAGUAAUAUUGCUACAACGAAGAAUAAAAUUGUAGUUGCAGGGAAAUAAAACCAUGCUGCCAUGAAGAAUGAAGAACAGGUUCCAAAAGCGUGUGUGUGUAUACAGUGCAAGAACUUUAUCGUAGCAGCAACUUUUGUCACUGAAGCAGGAGAUCAAGAAUUUGCAUCCUUCACUAAAGCAGGCCAUCCUGUCACCAUCACCAGAGCAGAUUUCUGUGGGCAUCUUCACUCUUCACAGAUCUACACACUUGCUGGGGCAAAACUCUCUGUUGCUGCCAGUUUAGGCCACAUUGUCAUAGUCAGAAGUGCAGGUACAGCAACCACCUCUUUUGUUGGACAAAGACAAGUUGUCACAAUGCCCGACUCUUGCUCAAAGAAGAUUCUCCCAUACAAAGAAAAGGGGUUCAAGAAAAGUUUCAGACUACUCACUUUGCUAGGGGUGGCAAAAUGGGUUCAUGGACCGGGUUUGGGCGGGUCUUAAACAGGUUCGCGUUCGGGUUGACCUAUUUAUUAACGG